AUGAUGUACUCGUACGCGCGACAACUUCUUCUCGGCGCUCUUGCACUGCAAGGCGUCGAUGCGGCGAACUGGAAGGAUUAUCAGCCUCAGAAUCGUACACCGAGUUCAUGUCCGGAUUAUGUCGACUACUCACAAAAACCUCAUGAGCCUUUGUCUUCAGGGAAGCUCAAGUUGCCGUUUAUGAGACCUAGCGAAGAAUGCAGGACUUUCAAGAGCCCUGCUGUCGAGAAAGUCAUAAACGACAUGAAGAAGCGUAUCAAAAAUCCCGAUCUCGCACGUCUUUUUGAGAAUGCUUUUCCAUCGACGCUUGAUACGACGGUCAAGUACUUUGACGCCAAGGAAAACCUGGCGUUUAUCGUUACUGGUUCUAGCGCACAAUGGUUACGCGACACUGGCAACCAGUUUGCUCAUCUGUACAAGCUACUCCCUCAAGAUGGGAACUUGAAGGAUCUCGUCAAGGCUAUCAUCAACACUGAAGCGAGAUACAUCUCUGAGUAUCCUUACUGCGGCGCGUUUCAGCCUCCUCCCGAAAGUGGAUUGAGUCCUUCAGUCAACGACUAUGCCGAGCUCGUUACCGUGAAUCCACCCGUCGACAACCAAACCGUCUUUGAGUGCAAAUAUGAACUCGACUCUCUGGCCGGCUUCCUCAAAAUUGCGCGAUCUUACUACAACAACACCAAAGAUGCGUCUUUCAUCAACGAUAACUUCAAAUCUGCCAUUACCCAAAUCCUUCGCGUUAUCGACGAACAAUCCCAGAGUACAUGGGCCGAAGACUGGUCGUAUGUCAGCUACUACAACUGGACCGGCAAUGCAGGAUCACUCUCCCCACCAGUGCCCAACAGCGGCAACGGUGAACCGAAACUAGCCAACGGCCUCGUCGCUUGUAGUCAUCGACCAUCUGAUGAUCUCAGUGUUUUCAACUACAUUACCUCCGACAACGCCAUGAUGUCGGUUGAACUCGACUAUGUAGCUGAUGUACUAGACAAAGUGGGAAGUCAGAAGAAACUCCCAAAGACUCUUCGAAGCCAUGCCAAAACAAUUCGCCAAGCUGUAUGGAACUAUACUCUCACUUCAAACGGUAUCUUCGCCUACGAGACAAACGGUUAUGGUGGACAGUAUAUUAUGGACGACGCAAACGUUCCCAGCCUUGUAUCACUACCCUACCUCGGCUUUCUCGACCGAUCCGACAAAACUUACCAAAAGACAAAGUCUCUUCUAUUCUCCCGGGCAAACCCAUACUACGCAGUCGGAGAGACAUUCCGCGGCAUUGGUGGUCCUCAUGCGAACGCUACAAAUCCAUGGCCCAUGGCUCACGUAUCAGCUAUUUACGGCACAGAUGACGACGAUGAGAUUACAGAGCGACUGAACAUCAUUUUGGAGAACACGUCAGGACUUGGAUUGAUCCACGAGAGUGUCAAUAUUUAUAACUCGACUGUUUUUACGAGACCCUGGUUCGCAUGGGCAAAUAGUUAUUUUGCCGAGAUGGUGCUUGAUUUGGCUGAGAGAAAACCUGGGUUAAUUUUCAAGGAUGACAAGCCAUACGUUAUUGGGGACUAG